AUGAGGCGGGGUCGUUCAAGCUCCGGGUCGCCCUACAGGGCGCUGGCCCAUCACCAGAACGCCGCGGCUGCAGCAGCGUCGUCCGAUUCUAUCUCAUUAAUCCGAUCCUUCAAUGUGGAGACGAACCCUACGCGGCCGGUGCGGCCUUCGCCGCUUACAGCAUCACUUAUUCGAGAUAUGCCACUGGACCUGGUUGACCGUAUCAGGUCCUUUCCUCUUUUCAUGUCUGCCCCUGAGGAGUUUCUGGUGGCCAUCGGAAACCACCUGAAGCCUCAAAUCCAGAGUCCCAACGACCACAUCGUUACCGAAGGAGAUGAAGCCAAGGCAAUGUAUUGGCUGGUGCGAGGUGUUGUUGCUGUGACUUCGCGAGACGGGGAGGCGGUCUAUGCGGAGCUCAACCCUGGAUCGUUCUUUGGUGAGAUUGGUGUUUUGAUGAGUAUGCCACGUACGGCCACCAUCGUUGCACGCACGAAAUGCCUUCUGUUGGUCUUAAAGAAAGAGGACCUGCACGCUGUGAUACCCAAAUUUCCGGAUAUGGAAAAGGCAAUCAGAGAAGAGGCACAAGAACGCCUGAAUCUUCUCAAGAAAAAACGACAAGAGGGCGGAAGAUUAACCAAGUCACCCCCUCAAGGGGAUUUCACUGCUCGAGAGGCGGCACCUGGCGAAGUCUCUACCGGAGAAAGUGGCGUCAUCAAAGAUGGUGCUGUGGUCAACAAUAAGAAAAGGAAAUCGCCAAGUCCAGGUAUCAUGGAGGACCCAACUGCUGGAAGUGCUAUUGGGAGUGGUCAAAUCAACAUUCGAACCACGCUCAAAGAGCUCCCGCUCUUCUCCACCCUUCCUGCGGAUAUUCUGCACUUUCUGGGGCUCAGUGUCCAGCCCAAAUCGUAUACCCCCUUCACAGAUAUUGUCCGUCAAGGCUUACCAGGUAACGAGAUAUUUUUCAUCGUCCGUGGAGAAGCCGAGGUGAUACACGACGAACCGGUUUAUGAUAGCAACGUUCAAAAUAAGGCUAUGGCUAUCCCGAAACGACCGCGGUUGAAGGCAGGCCAAUACUUUGGCGAGGUGGCAAGUUUAGGUUUGUCCCGUGGUCGAACAGCUACUGUACGAUCCAUCACCUCUGUCGAGUGUAUCAUGAUUACUGGAGACGUCCUCGACGAAUUUUGGAGGCGCUGUCCUUCAGACAUCUUAACACAGGUUAAAGAGACUGCACGAUCACGUUACAUCAAACAGAGCGACGACGUUGACAUGAUCGACGUUGAUGUCAGGGAAAAGGCCAACAAAUCCGACCCGACAACCCCCACGGCAUCAAUGAGAGCAUCACUACCUAACCUCACAUUCACUACUCCAUCUAAACCAGGAUCUCCUUCCAAAGAGGACAUUGCCAACGUAGCACCGAAGGAUCCCGACCCGUUCCUGAGCGUCAACAUGGAAAACAUCAGAAAUCGAAGACGCCACUCUUUAGCACCCCCGAUACCCCCCACAGACAGUUCCGCUCCUAAUACCAAUGGUGCAAGAUCUCGUUUGUCAGAGGUGACACCCAUCAAAUUCGCAUUCUCUGAGACGCCAUCCGAUGACGACGACGUUCCCGCCAAGCGAGUUCGAACUACGCUGCCCACAAGGCCCAUCACCAUGAGCAAACCGGUGUUGUCGGACGAGAUCUUGAUAUACAUCUUUAAGCACGUGGAUAUUGGAGAACUCUUUCGGUUGCGCCUGGUUAGCACGCAUUGGCGCAAAAUUCUAACGACAUCGCCCAGAGUCUGUCAAGACGUUGACCUCUCGGUUUACAACCGAAGAAUCACUGAUGAAGUCCUGCUUAAAGUCCUUGCUCCUUUUAUUGGCACCCGCGCUUUAUCCAUUGACUUGAGCAACUGCUUUCACGUAACUGAUGAAGGGUUCGGCGCAUUGUGGCGUAGCUGUGGCAAGAAUGUCAAGACAUGGAAGAUGAAGUCUGUUUGGGAUGUUUCAGCCAAUCAGAUUUUGGAGAUGAGCGAGAAUGCCAAGGGGUUAGAGGAGGUGGAUUGGAGUAACUGCCGUAAAGUCGGCGAUAACCUGCUGGGUCGUGUUGUUGGCUGGGUUGUGCCUGAUCCUCCACCUUCCAAGUCCGUUGUUAUCUCCAGCUCCACAGCUCGUUCGCGAACCAAGCAGCAGCAACAGAAGCAUGCACCACAAAAUGUGCUGCCACCUGGAACGGUGGUGGGAUGUCCGAAGCUGAGACGCCUUAACCUCUCCUACUGCAAGCACAUCACAGAUCGUUCCAUGGCCCACCUUGCGGCGCACGCCUCGAACCGUAUCGAGUGGUUGUCUCUUACACGCUGUACAUCGAUCACAGAUGCCGGGUUUCAGUCAUGGGCACCUUUCCGAUUUGAGAAACUUACCCGGCUGUGCUUGGCAGACUGCACAUAUCUAUCGGACAAUGCCGUUGUUGCUCUGGUGAACUCAGCCAAAAACCUUACGCACCUGGACCUAUCGUUCUGCUGUGCACUCUCUGAUACGGCAACAGAGGUUGUCGCCCUCCGGCUACCUAAAUUGAAAGAGCUGCGACUGGCAUUUUGUGGAAGCGCAGUCAGUGAUGGAAGUCUAGAGAGCGUGGCACUUCAUCUGAACGAUCUGGAAGCUCUAAGUGUGCGUGGUUGCGUGCGCGUUACAGGACGAGGAGUGGAGAAUGUGCUGAACGGCUGUGGACGACUGAAUUGGAUGGAUGUUAGUCAAUGCCGGAAUCUGGAGUCGUGGAUUCGAGCUGGCGGCGUGUCGAACUGGGGUUUCGACGAUCGACUUGGCCAACGCCCUGCAGAAUCUACACCAGGUGAAGUUUCAGGGUCGGGAGAGGGUGAAGAUGAUGCACCUGCACCAAAAGCCAUGAGCGUCGCUAUGCUCACUUCGCAAAACUUUAUGCCACGCUCGGCGUUUGGCUACAGGUCCAAGAGAGCAAGGCGCCCUGUACGUUUUGUCAUUGAAAAGGGACGUGGAAGCUUAAGAUGA